GGGAAGUGUUUGUCACAAGAUAGAUGCAGCAUUUCUUGAAACACAGACAGAGUCUGGCUCACUGAAUCAGGGACAGCAGGUUCUCUGAAGUUUUCUAAAAGCAGUUCCACCUGAAUGAGGCACAGAGCAGCUGUGUGAAAUGACCUCAACGCUGAAUGACCGCCCCCCUCCCUAUUACGCAAGCCCGGUCCAGCCUCCGUCCUACGCUUCAGCCGUCAAUCACUCUACGAUUGGACAGGGGAGCAACUACCAGCCCUACUACAUCCCCCCGCCCGCCAGCGUGCCGCCCCCGAGCUACGUGGCACAGGAGAGGAGACCUAUCUCCCCGAAGUCCAAGCUGUGUGGCGGGAAGAAGCGGUGCUUUAGCAGUUCUGGGGGGUGUCUCAUCCUCUGUGGGCUUGUUGCAGUAGCAAUCUGGCUUGGAGUGCGGUACGGGUCCAAGAUUCUCUCCGAUGUGAUCAACAACAAAAACAGCACCUAUGUGGCUGAAACCUGCCCCGCGGGCACCCAGUACUGUGACGGCAAAGCAGAAUGCUCCCAAGGAGGAGACGAGCUGGGCUGUGUGCGGUUUGGGUCUAACUACUCCCUCCAGGUGAUGAAUUCCAAGGACAUGAAGUUUUAUCCGGUUUGCAGUACGAACUGGAGUGACAGUUUUUCUGACAAGACCUGCAAGCAGCUAGGGUUCAAUGGAUUUUACAAGACUGACACCUUUGUAAGUUCCUCCCCUGCACUGACUGUAUCUCCAAGCAAGCCAUCCCAGAACAUCCAGGGGCAGCUUCAAAUCAACUCUGCUUGCCAGGGGUGUGUGUCUCUGGAGUGUAUAGCUUGCGGGGUGCAGAAGGGAUCCGGUCGGAUUAUAGGUGGUGCUCCUUCCACGCUGGGCAAGUGGCCAUGGCAGGUCAGCCUGCACCACAAUAACUAUCCCACGUGUGGGGGAACGAUCGUGGCACCCAGCUUUGUCAUCACUGCAGCCCACUGCUUCCCCAGCACGGAGUACAAGAACGCCGGCAGCUGGAAGGUGUAUGCGGGCGUGGUUUCGCAGGCCUCCCUCACGCCACCCUUGUACGUGUCAAAGAUCAUCAUAAACGAGAGAUACAGCGGGACAAACAACGACUUCGACAUCGCAGUGAUGAGACUCAAGAGACCGGUCACCUUUUCAAGUACUGUGCAGCCUGUCUGCCUGCCUACCUUCGAUCAGGUUUUUGCCACAGGGACAGCAUGCUGGACCACUGGCUUUGGGACCCUGCAAAGUGGAGCUAGCAGUGGCUCCCCCAAUCUGAUGGAGGUCUCUGUGAAUAUUAUCGACCAGUCCACCUGCAACGGCCCGAAAGUUUACAACGGGGUUCUGACCCCAAACAUGAUGUGCGCCGGGAACCUGCAAGGGGGUGUCGACUCCUGUCAGGGAGACAGUGGCGGGCCGCUGGUGUGUAAGGUGGCUGAUCGGUGGUACCUGGCCGGAGUGACGAGUUGGGGGGUCGGCUGCGGAUUGAAGAACAAGCCCGGGGUCUAUACCAGGGUGACACAGCAACUGAGCUGGGUAUACUCCUGCAUGGAGGCUGAAAAACCUUAGAUGCUGAUUUGAGGCCCGACUUUCUGAAUACUCGCGUAACCCAAACGGAGAUGAUGGUUUUUAACAAAAAAAAAAUCAUCCAUGAAGUUGAAGAAACGACUCCCCCUUUCUUUAAAAUCCUCCUAAAAUAUGUUUUUAUCUUCAGUGAUCAGUGACUAAUAUUUGUGUAAGAAUACAUGCCAACAAAGCCUGAAGGACUGGGAUCUGCCAGAAGUGUCUUGUGAUGACUUUUUAAAUCCAGUCUGGAUCCGUCUGCACAGCAGCGUGUCCGGUCCUGACGGGGAGAAACGCUUUUUCAUUCUAGCCUUUAGUUUUCGUGAAUCUGGAAUGCUGCGCAUGGCCUUUUCCCGGAAGGUCGUUACGUGAACAACGAACGUCUUUUUAAAAGUUUUUAUAACCAACUCAAAACGGUAACAAAGCAAAAUUAAAACCAAGAAGCUAAGAGAAUGUCACCUGCUCACGUUGACCUCCACGGCUUUCAAACAGGUCUCUCCUGUUGCCCUCCAGAGCACCCCGGACAGGAGAGGUAUAUUUAGGGUUAGGGUUACGACUGGAGGUGUGUUUCUGGUGCUUGUCACAGCGAGAAGGUGCUAGAGUGCCUCGGGGUUUGUGGAAGCAGACAGCAGAGUCCCAGUUUUGGAAGAGAAAUUAGAUCUUUUGAUGAGAAAGGUGUCCUCCUUGUGAACUCGCUCGCUCUCUUUUUUUCCCUAAAAGGGAAUAUUUUAAAGCUGCUUU